UCAUGAGUUGCUUAUAAAAAACACAAAACUUAAAAAUAUUUUAUAUAUACGUUAAACACAUACAAUUGUACAGUGAUUAUACAAAAUAGUUUAGUAGAAUACGAAAAAAAAAAACAAUACAAUGAUUGGUUUCUUCUAAAUGUAACGUGCUUUGUGUGGUCAGUAACAUAAUUCAAAUUUGUGCGUAUAUUCCAGGCGUUCUCAAAUAAUACUGCCUAUCCAUAUCAGGCAGCACCAGGUUGAUCUCUGCUUUGCCAGAAACAUGGCGUAAAGUGAUUGUUGCACAUGUGUCAGUGAUUUGGUAAGAUAUGAUAAAUUCAGUUCGUUCUUUAUAAUUCGAUGAGUAAUAUAAGUAUUAUAUUAUUCCGUGGUUUUAAACAGUACGGUAUUUAGAUAUUGUGUAGAUAUUGUGAGGAAAUAUAUAAAUUUAGUUCACAAAGUGACAUCGUUGAUUGAUUUGGUCUAUAUUACUAGAUUUCAUAUUGAGAUACAUAUCAUUACAAUUAUAUUAUUGGUAACAAAAUAACAAAAUAUCAUGGUUCAUAGGACGAAUGAAAUUAAUAAAAAAUGUUUAAUUCCAUAUAUCAUCAAAGAAUCUAAGGAUAAACAAGGUAUAAGCGGAAAGCUUGAGCUGCAUGAGUCUAUGCAAGUUAAAGAUCUGUAUAGUCUUAUUGAAGCACAACAUCAAUUACGUCCAGAUACUUUUACAGUACAUUUAAAUACGGGACAAAGAAAAAUGGUUAGUCUAUCUGAAAUGAUAAAUAAAACAAUGCUAGAACUAUCAUUGCUUGAUAUGGACUUUGAACCUAACUCAGAAUCAAAUGAAACGAUGAAUACUCUUGUUGUCAAUGUUCAUAAUAAGGUUAUGAAAUAUUUAGCAUGUGAGCCAUCGAUAUGUGAUCCUACACCUUCAUAUCAAGUAUCUAGUUGGAAUGAGAAUAACAUUAAUUUGAAAGCUCCUAUCAAACCUGAAACAAGCUAUGUUGGUUUGGUCAAUCAAGCAAUGACAUGUUAUCUCAACAGUCUCCUUCAAGCAUUAUAUAUGACUCCAGAAUUUCGUAAUGCUCUUUACAAUUGGGAGUAUAUUGAAGGUUCAGAAAAAGAUGAAACUAAAAGUAUUCCAUAUCAGUUACAGAAAUUGUUCCUUAACUUGCAGACUUCUACAAAAUCUGCAGUAGAGACUACAUCUUUAACCAAAAGUUUUGGAUGGAAUUCUAAUGAAGCUUGGCAACAACACGAUAUUCAAGAACUUUGCAGAGUUAUGUUUGAUGCUUUGGAACUGAAAUUUAGAAACACAGAACAAGCUGAUCUUAUUAAUAGAUUGUAUGAAGGAAAAAUGAAUGAUUAUGUGAAGUGUUUGGAAUGUGGAACAGAGAAGUCAAGAGAAGACACUUUCCUUGAUAUUCCUCUACCAGUUAGGCCAUUUGGUAGCAAUGUAGCAUACAACAGUGUGGAAGAAGCGAUAAAAGCUUUUGUUCAAUAUGAAACAUUAGAGGGAGCAAAUCAGUAUCAUUGCGAAAAAUGUAACAAAAAAUGUAAUGCACAGAAAGGAUUAAAGUUCACUAAAUUUCCAUAUCUUUUAACAUUACAUCUGAAGCGAUUUGAUUAUGACAAUAACAGUUGUCAUAGAAUCAAACUUAAUGAUAAAGUCACAUUUCCAGAUACACUUUUCUUAAAUUCCUUUAUUUCAUCUACAAAUCAAGAAUCACCUUCUGGAGAAGAAGAUAUUGGCGUGGGUGUUAAAUGUGAUGAUAGUUCAACUACAGAUAGUGGUACAUUAGAUGAUGAUUGCCCACCAUGUGAUAAUAAUCUCACAAAUAGUAGUUUAUUGACAAAUCACGAUCCAGACGAUGAUGAAGGUAUCGAUAUGAGUAAUGGACCAUCGACAUCUAAUUGUAGUAAACACAAUCAUAAAAAUGAGAAACACCAAAGUAAUUGCAUAAUAGAAUCAGGUCCUUACGUAUAUGAAUUAUUUUCAAUUAUGAUACAUAGUGGAAGUGCCAGUGGUGGGCAUUAUUAUGCUUACAUUAAAGAUUUUAAAACACGAGAAUGGUGGUGCUUCAAUGAUCAAAGUGUUACUCAGAUAACUGAGGAUGAUAUUCAAAAAACAUAUGGUGGUGGUUCAAUUAGAGCAUAUUAUAGUGGAGCAUAUAGUAGUAGCACAAAUGCAUAUAUGCUUAUGUAUAGACAAAUAGAUCCAAUUCGUAAUGCUUUACCAAUGCAGGCACAAGAUUUUCCUCGGCAUAUACAGGAUUUGUUAAAAAAAAUUAAAGAAAGUGAGGACAAUGACAGAAAGAAUAGGGAAAAACAGAUAGCAUGUCCAAAAUUGAAAGUUUACUGUCAUCAUCCGGUAACUGGUAACUUAUGUCACACAAGAUUAAUUGUAAUGCCAGAAUAUAAACUAGCUGAAGUAACGGAAGAAGCUUAUAAAAAACUUGAUCUUCGUGGAGUAGUUAAAUUAAAUCAAUGCCGUUUAGUAGCGUAUAAACACAGUGCAGAUUUGAUAGAAUGUAGUUAUGAAGGAAGAGAUCAAGAAGAAAUUUCUACUAUUUGGUAUAAUAAAAGUUAUGUCGAACUUCUUUUAGAAAUAUGUAAAGAGGAUCAAAUGUUCGAAAUUUAUCAAGCUGGUGGUAUUACAACUAAAGUAUUUGUGAUAGAUAUUCCCAAAGUAGAAGUUAUAGAUGGACCAAUUAAUGUACGAGGUUUGCUUACACAAAGUGUCAAGGAUUACAAGCAAAUAUUAGGAAACAUCAUUAAUAUGGAUCCUAAGCAAAUGAAACUAGUUUUACUAGUUUUACGAAAACGCAAAACAGAUAUUAAAUUAAUAGAUAAGGAUGAUAUUGACCUUCAAACAGCUGAAUUUAUGGAUGCAAGUAAUAAAGUAUUUGUAUCUACUAUGCUUGAUGUGGAUAGUAAUAAACCAUUUUAUGAGACAACAUUAUAUAAACUCAUAUUAAGGUUUGAAAAUAUUAUCUCAUUGCAAGUACAGAUACCGGACAUAAGCAAAGAAAUUCUUGAAGAGUUAGAUGUACCUUUAACUGACAAAUAUGAAAAUAGAGAAAAUCGUUUCAGUAAUGGACCAUCUAAAUUAUCAAUUAAUGAUUUAAUAAAGCGUGAUCUUGAAGUACAAUAUAACACGUUUCGGGAUAUUAUUAAAAAAUCGGUGAAAAAUGAUGAUCUUCCUAUACCAGAUUUCCUAUUAGGAGAACCAGAAGAGUGGAAUACUUCUGAACAAAGUAAUAGCGAAGACAGCAGUCUUAGUGAUAGUGAUAAAACUUUGGUAGGAGAUACUCAAGAAGAUGAUGAUUUUCCACCAUCUUAUCACCCACCACUUUCGGAUAAUAGACGAUUUGAAAUAGCAAAUCAAAUAGACAUACAAACUUCUGAUAUUGAUGAUGAGUCUGAAUAUUACUUUAAGGCUACUUCAUGUACAAACAACGCUCGAAAAUUACUUAAGGUUUUAGUAGAUAAAAGAAUGCGAUUAAGCACUUUGAAAAAAGAUUUGCAGCCUUAUGUAGGCGUGCCUGUAGAAUAUUUCAAAGUUUUCCGACAAUCUGGUGAUUCUGAAUCUGAAUGCACUUGUCUGACAGAACAACUUUUUGCUUUUGAUGAUGGUGAACGACUUAAUUUAAAACUAGGAAGAGCUUUGCGUAAUGGAGAAUAUAAAAUAAAGCUAUUUCAAUUACAUAUCGAUUCAAUUACAGAGCCCUACAAAUUUUUAUGCGAAACAAUUCUUUCUAAAGACAUGACAUUUGGUCAAGCAAAGAAACAAAUUUUAGCAGAAAUAAAGAAGAAGUACAAUAUAGACAUACCAUAUGAAAAAUGUAGAUUGAGAAAAAAAUAUUAUAAUACGGCUUCUAAGGUAUUCUUAGAUAAACAGAAAUUUGAUCAACAACUACUCACACAAUUUGAAAUGAUUGUCCAAGAACUACCAGAGAAAGAAGUUGUUACUGAUAACGACAAUCAAGUAGUUCUGUUUGUUCGAAGAUGGUCUCCUGCCAAAGUACAACUUGGUCAAUUUCAAGAGGUUGUAUUAGAUGAAAAGUUGAUAGAAGAAUUGAGAAGAAAAAUAUCUUCUAUAUCAAAUAUACCUGAAAAAUACAUAGAUAUAGCAAAGGGAAAAGGUACUUUUCCAUGUGAUAUACCUGUAUUAAAAGUCCAAACUGACCAUCAAUGGAAUGAACAUAUUACUGGUAACGAAAAUGUAUACGAUGAUUUUGAAGAUGGUAGUGUCUUCUUAUACAGGGAUAGCCGAGAAGAGUUAAAAAAGUUAAGUCCAGAUGAAACAAAGGAAAUCACUAAUAAAGAAACUGCACGUUUCAUACAACUUUCAUCCUCAACAGGUUAUAAUCGACGUAGUGAGAAAGCGCUUAAAAUAUAUUUGGAUACUAAAUGAUCCUGUAUUAAUUGUACAUCUACUGAAUGGCAGUAGUUAAAUGAAUACAAUAAGGAACAUGAAACAUUGAGGUGUAAAGUACUUGAAGCACAUCAAACAGUGAUUAUAUCACAUUUUCAAGAAACCAAAUGUUUUAUGCUCCAGUAAGUUUUCAAUAUCUCGAAGCUUCCAUCUUCUUAAAUAUAAAUGUUUUCGAAUAUCUAUCAGGUUUUUGGCAUCUUUUGGAUAAUGCUGCCAAUUAGUAAGAGAUUUUGAUUUUCAGUUAUCACUAUUUUUUUUCUUUUUUUCUUUUUUUUUUUUUUUAAUUCUGGAGUUUGUAGAAGGUAUAAAAAUUCCUGAUUCUCUACAUUGAUAAAUUAUUUUCUCAUCCGGAAGGUAUUAUUAAGGAUUCUAAUCACUAAUAAAAUUCAAUAAUAUUAAGAUGCAAUAAGACAAAUCAUCAGUAUUUGACAUAAAUAUAUGGACUCAGAUUGUCUAUUGUAUGUCUAAUUAUAACUCCGAUUCAUAAUAUAUAAAUGUUUUUCAACGUACAAUAUUCUUGUUUGGUAAAAUCUCAGCUAUAUUCUACGAUUCAAUAAAAUCAGAAUAUUUGUACAGCUAUCAAAAAAGAAAUUAACAUACCUUACAAAAGUUAGAAACUAUUUUCGGUGUCAAAGCACAACAUUGAAUUACAUUAUAAAAAUACGUCUAUUUAAUGCAAUUGUAAUUAACCCUUUUAAUACCAUUUAUGUGUGUGUAAGAUUUAUUGCAUUAUUAAUUGUGUAAUAGUGUUUUCCUCUCUAGUUUGUUUAAAUAUUAUUCUUAAGUUAUCAUUUAUGCCUGCCUGCAUUAGAUAUGUAAAAUAGUGUACACUACUAGUAAAAUUUUUAUCUGAUUUUGUUAUUUUCAGUUUAUAUAAAUAUAACUAUAUUUAAAGAGAAAAAAAUCAUGAGAUAAUGAUUUCUGGUAUUUAUAUGUUUCUAACAUUGAUAUAUUUGAUACAUAUAUACAUAUAACUCAAUAACAAGAUAAAAAAAAUACAUGCUCCAUAAUAAAAUAUAUUGUAAAUAAUAACUUAAAAAUAUUUUGUUUAAUUGUGGAGCCAAUUUGGUACACUUUGUGAAUCGAUCAAUAUAUGUGAGUCUAUUAAAUUAUGAAAAUUAUUAGAAUUAAAAAUCUAAAAUAUACAAUCGAAAAUAAAGAUUUCAAGAAUGUGAUAUUUAAUAAUAACAAAACAGAGCACAUAUCACUAUAUAUGUCAAUUUCUUCAUUGCAUUAUAAGUAUUGAAAUUUACGUUGUUUCCUAUGUUGUAACAAUUUUAACUGUUUUGUAUGAUAUUCUACUUAAUUACUUACAAUAUAUCAUUAUGGAAACAUGCUUUUAGUACAGGGUUCUUUUGCAUUUAACAUUUAGCAGCAAUUUCACAUUUGGCAAUUUAUACGUUAUUUCAUUGUAUACAACAUGGUGCUAAAAGGGUUAAAUGCAAAGUUGUUAUUGUUCCCCUUAAUUUUUAAUUUCUUUUAAUAGUCUCCUUUUCAGGUAUCUAUUGACUUUGUGCAAAUAUCAUACCAAAAGAAAGAAGUUAAUAUUCAUAAGAUAAUAUAUCAAUUGAAAAUGAUUUCAAAUCGAGUGAUCACUGUUUACUAAAAGAUAAUUAUUUUUAAAUCAAUCCCAGCUGUUAUUUAGUACAUAAUAACAUGCCCGAUUUUUAUUGUUAUUCAUGUAACUUUUAUUUAUUGUAUGUUGUGUAAAAAACAAGUUUGGUGUGUGUUAAUAAAUUACAUAUAUAAUGAUUACUUUGAUUGUAUGUGGAACUAUUUCAUUGGCAGAUAAAAAAUGGAAUUUAUAGACAAAUGAGAACAUUAGGUACAUGAGAUUAGAAUCUUUCCAGGAUUAUGUUAAUUUUUUAUAAAUGAUAUUAUCUUUACAUUGAUAAUUAGAAUUUUUUUUGCACAACAAACAAAAAAUUAUCAAUAAAAUGCACCAAGUGGAACAAAUAUUGUAAUUAAAUAAAAAUGUAAACUAUUAUGAGUAUAAGGCUCCAAUUGUAAAAUUAAUUGAUUUUUAUUACUGUCGGAAAAUUGAAUGAUAGCUAUAAACUAUUGUCAUUGAAUGAGAAAAUUUUUCUCAGUUUUGCUAUGAUUUAGUUCUCUGUACAGAUAUAUACAAGCCAAUGUGUCAAAUAAUGCUAUAGAUUGGAAUAACAAUUUGCAUUUUUUGCAUAUAAUAUAAAAACAUUCAGUAUAAUAUCUUCAUUAUGACUUAGCAUGCAUACAUGCUAAUACAUAUAACAAUUAAUUUGAUUGCUUAUUCUUAGUAAUAUAAAUCAUAGAAAAUACAAGGAAGUUUGUGCAUGUACAUACAUAUGUGCAUGCACACGCAAUGUGUGAGUGAGAGAGAGAGAGAGAGAGAAUGAGAGAGAGAGAGAGAAAGAGAGAGAGAGAGAGAGAGAGAGUAAAAUAGAAUAUUUUUAUCCUUUUUGUGGAUAAAUUAAUUCCGAGAUUAUAAAAUAUAUUUCGUUUAACAUAUGUGUAUACAGGUUGUCAUCUGAACUUUCCAAUCAGCUAUGAUCCAAUGUUAUGCCUUGUAAUAUAUGUGACAAUUAUGAACCAAAUUAUAUUUAUAAUUAUGAACAAAUGAAAGAUUUGAAAAUGGAAUGGACUUUUUGGUCAGAAAUAGAUUGCUGUACGAGAUUUCAUCUAUCAUUAUAGUGUGAUGCUUUUCUUAUUUUUGUGUUGCUGUGUUGACAUCAUUAAUCACUGUUAUUGUUUUAUUAAAUACAAAUAAAUUUGUUCCUUGUA